AACCUGCCAUUUCCAAUGGACAUCGGAGCGAGUGACUCGUGCCGAGCUGCAUAGUAAAAAGUGUGAUGUGUAGAAUAUUCAAUUAAAGGUCAGAAAAAACGUGAUUUUGGAUCUAGUAAUUUGGUCUGCUCUUUUGUAUGGUUUUUAUUCGGUGAUACCUUUAUGUAGUGUUAAUUUCUAUUGUGGCUUUUGGAUUUUUGGAUUGCAACGAAGUUUUCAAGAUGACUGAGGAGAUCAUGAGGCUUAACGAGCCCCCUCCCCCGCCUCAGGGGGACAUCAUGGAACGCAUCAUCACCGAAGUGGGAGAGAUGGGCCGCUACCAGCGAUGGCUCUUCGUCUCCAUGAUGCCAUUCGGCCUGUUUUUCAUCUUCGCGUAUACGGUACAGAUGUUUAUAGCCGCCACGCCACAGGAGCACUGGUGCAAGGUGCCAGAGCUGCAACAUUUGGACUUGGAUUUAAGACGAAACCUCUCAAUACCGGGAGCAGUAGACGGGCCGGACUGGAACCGGUGUGAAGUUUACGACGCCAACUGGACGCAAGUUCUGCAGACCAUGAUGCCUCCAGUCGGGAGCCCCACUGUCCCCUGCCGUCACGGCUGGGAGUUCCUUUACAACGAUAUACCAUACACUACAGUUGUGAGCGAGCGAGGAUGGGUGUGCGAGAACGCAGGAAUCGCGCCCUUCGCGCAGACUAUGUUCUUCGUUGGGUCGCUGGUGGGGUGCGCAUUCUUCGGCUGGGUGGGAGACAAAUAUGGACGAGUGCCAGCUCUAAUAGGAGCGAAUCUCAUUGGAUGUUUCGGGGGAGUGCUGACGCUGUUCACGUCGGGCGUCUGGGACUUCACCAUCGCCAGGUUCAUCGUUGGCUUGUGCAAUGAUUCCUGCGCCAUAAUGAUCUACAUUAUAGUAAUUGAAUACGUGGGUUCUCGCCAUCGAACAUGGAUAUCGAAUAUGUCGAUUGCUGUCUACUGCGGGGGAGGAGCCUUAUUGAUGGUGGGGCUGGCGCUCUGGCUCCUGGACUGGCGUCACCUAGUCCUGGCCACUUCGCUCCCUAUGCUGUUCGUGCUGGUCACACCUUUGUAUCUACCGGAGAGCGCCAGAUGGUUGGCUUCUAAAGGAAAAGUCAACAAAGCAGUAAACAUGUUGAAAAAGUUCGAAAAGGUUAACAGGAGGGGUAUACCAGACGACCUUAUGGCAGAAUUCAUCGUAGUCGCAAGCCAAAAAAGCACAGUAGACGAGUCGCUGCGAGCAGUAGUAGCCAGCAAACCCCUUCGGAACAGCUUGCUCGUCCUCAUAGUAGUCACGAUGGUGGGCAACCUCGGCAUCGACGCCAUCCUCAGGAUGUCCGAGAGCAUCGGCACCAACUUCUUCCUCACCUUCACGCUGUCCUCGGCGUCGGAGAUACCGGCGCUUGUGCUGGUCACGCUGGUUUUGGAUAAGUAAGUAAAAACUACGUAAAGU